CGGUAGUGAGUAAAGAGAAACCAGGCAGAAAUAGAAAGCCCGGGCACACCCUGCACUCUGCCUUCCCAGAAUAAAAUAUUAUUCAAUCCCUCUCUCUCUCUCUCUCUCUUGCCUUUGACCGAUUAAAAUUGCCGGCAAGAACCGCCGAGACGGCGUUAAAAGGAAAGGAUUGGCACUUCAUCCAUUACCCAUUACCCUCUUAAACCGCUUCGUUAUAUCCCUCCCUCUCGUUCUCGGCCAAUAAAAAGAGGAGAGUUUUCAUUUUACCGUCCUGGACACAAUCACGAUUGAUUUCUCCAACAACCGGACAAUCGAAACUUUUCUGUCUCCUCGAACCCGUAAGUUGUUGCAAUGAAAUCAUGAUUUUUGCUUCCAAGAGGAAAAAAGGUUACAUAGAAAAGUUUAUUGUCGAAGUUCUCAUCUGAGGGAAUCUCCGACGACCCAAUCGGAACCUACCAGUUGCCGAAAUCAUGGUUCCAACUAACCCAUUUAUUCUUGUGUUGGCGGUCGCCGGUGUCUUCUUCGUCCUUCGACUGGUUUUGUCUGGUACGGCUCUGUUAUUUCUUUUAAAGAAAUUGUGUCAAUCGAUAGAAGAUCGGUGUCACGUCUAUCAGUUCUACAAAGUUCCCGAAUUCAACCAAAGCUACCAAGAGAACCAGCUUUACAGAAAAGUUUCCACCUAUUUAAGUUCAUUAGCCUCAAUAGAAGAUUCCCAUUUCGCCAAUCUCUUCUCCGGGAAAAAGUCAAACGAGAUUGCUCUCCAACUCGAUUCCAAUCAGACCGUCCAGGACAUUUUUCUCGGCGCCAGAGUUUCGUGGAGGAGCGAAGAAAAGCGCGAAGGGAACAACACCAUUUGCAGAACCUUUGUUUUGAAGAUCAGAAAGGAAGACAAGCGCCGAAUUCUCCGUCCUUAUCUCCAACACAUCCACUCGGUCUCCGAUGAGAUCGAGCAGCGGAGAAAAGAGGUGAAGCUCUACACGAACACGGAAACAGAGCAUCGUCAUGGACGGUGGAGUUGCGUCCCAUUUACUCAUCCAUCGACUCUCGACACCGUCGCCAUGGAUUCCGAUAUCAAAAAUAAGGUCAAGUCCGAUCUCGAAUCGUUCCUCAAAUCAAAGCAGUACUAUCACCGACUCGGUCGAGUCUGGAAGCGAAGCUAUCUGCUGUAUGGACCGUCGGGUACAGGAAAAUCGAGUUUCGUUGCCGCCAUGGCGAAGUUUCUCUGCUACGACGUUUACGAUGUUGACCUCACGAAAGUCUCCGACGAUUCGGACCUGAAAAUUCUCCUAUUACAGACCACCAUCAGAUCGAUCAUUGUCAUUGAAGAUCUCGACCGAUUCCUUAGCGAAAAAUCAACGUCGGUGAGUUUGUCCGGGGUUCUGAACUUCAUGGACGGGAUAUUCUCGUGUUGCGGGGAGGAGCGGGUGAUGGUCUUCACCAUGACCAGCAAAGAUCACAUCGAACCUGCCGUCUUGAGGCCCGGAAGGAUUGACGUUCACAUUUAUUUCCCUCUAUGUGACUUCUCAGCGUUCAAGACUCUGGCCAACAGUUAUUUGGGACUGAAGGAUCACAAGUUGUUCCCUCAAGUGGAAGAGAUCUUCCAGGGUGGAGCAACUCUUAGCCCGGCCGAGAUCGGAGAAAUCAUGAUCGUGAAUCGGAGCUCGCCGAGUCGGGCGUUGAAAUCGGUGAUCACCGCGUUGCAAACCAACGGCGAGGGAAGAGGAGGGUCCAUGAAGGUUGGGAGGCGGUUGAGCGAGAACGCGUCGGUAAACGGACGGCCGGCCGAUGAGUCGGGCGGAGUGAUCUGCAGGGAGAGUGUUCACACGGUGAGAGAAUUCCGUAAAUUGUAUGGUCUGUUGAGAAUCAAGAGCAGCAGAAAGUCAGGCUCAGGACCCUUCGACCUGGGGUCGGGGGAGAAGGAAGGCUGACAUGGCAAAGGGUGGAGUGCCACGUUUCAAUAACCCAUACGUGUGGGUUUUGGCGCGUGUGACUGCACGAGUCCGCUUAGAUAUUCCGGUGCCAGGCCCAGGUUCUUUGCUGUGUUUUUUUGCCCUCCGAUUACUCUGAUGAUUUUUUUUCUUUUUUUUCUUCUCGGGCGGGGUUUAACUUUGAGAUUUUCAUUAGCUGGAUUGCUCCUCUACUAGGCUCAAGUUUGACAAGAGUGCAAAUACAAAUAUGUUGGGUGCGAAACAAACAUUGUAUUUGCAAUGUACGUAUUUGUGUUUGCACUCUUCCCAGAUUGCCUAGACCUAAACCCAAAUACUCAAAUGCCCUGUAAAUGAAAUGAAAUGAAAUGAUGGCAAUGUUAACCUUUGAUAGUAUCCUCUUUACGUGUUAAUUAAUUAAUUUUGUAAAGAAAAGCAAUGUUUCUAAAGAAGCAUACACUUUGAUUUUUCUUUCA